GCGGCCUGGCGGAGAGGCCCGACGCCUAGUGAUGGGGAGCCCUCGAUGCUCUACGCCGCCAAAUCGGCUGUAGCGGUUGAGGUUGAGCCCGGGGCCUGGGAAUUGGACGCUCGCAGAGGGGGAAAAUGGAAGCGUGGCGCUGUGUGAGGAGAGGCUACGGCCGCUGUGUGGUGGGGAGAGGCAGAUACCCCAUGUUACCCCAUCACCAGAAGAGUCUCGGCAGAGACUGGACUGCACCGUGGGAGAAUCUGCAAAGGUGUUGCUGGAACAGACAUAUUUCUAGUUGUAUGAGGUGGCCUGGACAUUAUUCUCGUGCUCCUUACCCAUACUUCAGUAGUAGGCAUUUUUCACUAAAUUGGAGACCACCUUGUUUGUUUGAGUCUAGAACUCAGUUUCAGUACUGGAACUGGAGACCUGACAACCUGAGCCAGACAUCUUUGAUUCAUCUCUCUAGUUACAUCAUGAACUCUGAGGGAGAUGAGCCUUCAUCAAAACGAAGAAAACACCAAGGCACAAUAAAACGGGAUUGGGAAUAUAUAUGUAACCAUAAUAAAGAAAAAACGAAGAUCCUAGGAGACAAAAAUGAUGACCCCAUAUGUGAAGACAGUGAGAACAAGUUUGACUUUUCAGUGAUGUCCUAUAAUAUACUUUCUCAAGAUUUAUUGGAAGACAAUUCACACCUUUAUAAACACUGCCAGCGGCCAGUAUUACACUGGAGUUUUAGGUUUCCCAAUAUUCUGAAAGAAAUUAAACACUAUGAUGCAGAUGUACUUUGUUUGCAAGAAGUGCAAGAAGAUCAUUAUGGAACAGAGAUCAGGCCAAGUUUGGAAUCAUUGGGUUAUCACUGUGAAUACAAGAUGCGGACAGGAAGGAAACCUGAUGGCUGUGCCAUUUGCUUCAAACAUUCCAAAUUUUCCCUCUUAUCAGUGAACCCAGUGGAAUUCUACCGCCGUGAUGUUCCUCUAUUGGACAGAGACAAUGUUGGAUUAGUGUUACUCUUGCAGCCCAAAAUCCCAAGUGCUGCCUCCCCUGCGAUCUGUGUGGCUAACACACAUCUGUUGUAUAACCCAAGGCGAGGUGAUAUUAAACUGACCCAACUGGCAAUGCUUCUGGCAGAGAUUUCCAGUGUUGCCCAUCAGAAAGAUGGCAGCUUCUGCCCCAUUGUUAUGUGUGGUGACUUUAAUUCUGUUCCUGGUUCUCCACUGUAUAGUUUUAUAAAGGAAGGGAAAUUGAAUUAUGAAGGACUUGCCAUAGGAAAGGUAUCUGGCCAGGAACAGUCUUCACGGGGACAAAGAAUUUUAUCUAUUCCAAUUUGGCCCCCAAACCUAGGUAUCUCACAGAACUGUGUGUAUGAGGUACAGCAGGUACCAAAAGUAGAAAAGACAGACAGUGAUCUGACACAAACACAGCUGGACAAAACAGAGGUCCUAGUAACAGCUGAAAAAUUAUCUUCAAAGUUACAGCACCAUUUCAGCUUGUCAUCUGUUUAUUCACAUUAUUUUCCUGACACUGGAAUUCCAGAAGUGACCACCUGUCAUUCCCGAAGUGCCAUAACUGUGGAUUAUAUUUUCUAUUCUGCUGAAAAGGAAGGUGUUGCUGGGCAGCCAGGAGCCGAAGUUGCUUUGGUUGGUGGCUUGAAACUUCUAGCUAGACUGUCACUUCUUACAGAACAAGACUUAUGGACUGUUAAUGGACUUCCAAACGAAAAUAACUCUUCGGAUCAUCUGCCUUUAUUGGCUAAAUUCAGACUUGAGCUCUGACUCCUUUGUUUUUUUUUUUU